CCACCGAGUGGUUGGAAUUCUGGUCUUCUUCACGGUCACUGUAAAACACACACACCCACAUGCACACAGACAUACGUGUGUGUGUGUGUGUGUGUGUAAUUUACCUGGUGACUAGCUGGGGUGGUGUACCUGAUUUAGCUGGAGACUUUGAUUUGUAGGACUGACAACCUUAUUAUGCAGUGAGCUUAUUAUUGAUAUUAUUCUGCUCUCGGUUGCCAUGGCCACCUUGUGAGAGACAUUCAAUUUUCUCUCUUCCAUCAUCAUUAUCUAUGAGGCCAUCUGUUGUGGAAAAUGAAUUCAGCCUCAUUUGCAUGACUGAUAAGCAAUUUUUUUUUUUUAUCUAUUUAACAGAAGGUCAUAUGCCGGGGAUUUGGAGCUAGUGAAAAAAAAAAGUGCAGAGAAAGCAUGGGAGAGGAUGAGUGGGGCUGCGUGGGGGACGUGGAAGUGAAGCGGACCCCUCAGGCCUCCAGCCGUCCUGCUGCAUUUGUCGUCCCUGCCCGGGCGACAUCUUUUUUCCCUGAGCCACUGCACACUGAGCAGAGGGAGAAGCCUUCCCUGCGGUCUUCGAGGAGCCGCUGAUUUUCCCCCGUGGUUGGUGCAGGGAAGGUCGCUGGAGGCACUAGCGGAGGACCAGGUGUGUACCAGCCGCGCCCGGACGUUGGCCCAGCGCAUGCAGUUGUUCCCAGUCACAGAGUGCGAAAUGAACGCGAAGGAGGACUGGUGAACCCCGUGGUCCCGCAGGCGUCUCCGCGUUCUGUGGAGGAGGGAGAGCCCACCCACUCAGAGUGGCCGCGUCUGGAGGAAGAGGGAAGAUGUAGUUACUGAACCCGGUCCAGUGUUUGUGAAUCCUGCGGUACCCACGGCGGGUCAGGAGAUGCCCCGCUGGCCCAUGGACACAUGGAUAUUCCAGGAGCCACAUGAAGAUGGAGAAGUCGGGGCACAGAGAUAUUAAGUGACUUUGCCACUGUCCCAGGCUGGGGAGGACCAGGAGCAGCACCUAGAGAGAGCCCGGCCCUGGGCCGCGUCCUGCCCAAGGGGCCACGCUGCCUCCGUCCUCAGAGGACACCGCUUCCUGCAAGAUGGAUGUGGACGCCGAGGAGAAGCGCCAUCGCACACGGUCCAAAGGGGUUCGAGUUCCCGUGGAGCCAGCCAUACAGGAGCUGUUCAGCUGUCCCACUCCUGGCUGUGACGGCAGUGGCCAUGUCAGUGGCAAGUACGCCAGACACAGAAGUGUGUAUGGUUGUCCCUUGGCUAAAAAAAGGAAAACACAAGACAAACAGCCUCAGGAACCUGCUCCCAAGCGGAAACCGUUUGCGGUGAAAGCCGACAGCUCCUCCGUGGACGAAUGCUACGAAAGUGACGGGACAGAGGACAUGGACGAGAAGGAGGAGGACGAUGACGACGAGGAUGAGGAGGACGAGGAGGAAGACGAGGAGUUCUCUGAGGACAAUGACGAGCAAGGAGACGAGGACGAGGAGGACGAGGAGGUGGACCGGGAGGAAGAGGAGGAUAUUGAGGAAGAGGAGGACGAUGAGGAUGAUGACGAAGACGGAGAGGAUGUGGAGGAGGAGGAAGAGGAGGAGGAGGAAGAGGAGGAGGAGGAGGAGGAGGAGGAGGAGGAAGAGGAGGAAAAUGAAGACCCUCAGAUGAGCCGCCACGGCCCACGCAUGCUGCAGGAUGCGGAGAAGGACGACAACAAUAACGAGGAGUAUGACAACUACGACGAGCUGGUGGCCAAGUCGCUGCUGAACCUGGGCAAGAUCGCCGAGGACGCAGCACACCGCGCCCGGACCGAGUCCGAGAUGAACAGCAACACCUCCAACAGCCUGGAGGACGGGAGCGGCAAGAGCGAGAGCCUCAGUCGCAAGGGCGAGCUCAGCCUGGACCUGGACAGCGACGUGGUCAGGGAGACCGUGGACUCCCUGAAGCUGCUGGCGCAGGGCCACGGCGUUGUGCUCUCGGACGGCAUCGGUGACCGCGGCCACGCGGAGGGGAUGGCGCCGCAGGACAGCAGGAGCGUGAACUACGUGGUGCUGGGGAAGCCCGUGAGCAACGGGCUGGGCGAGAGGCUGGGCGAGGACAGCGAGGAGGAGGUGUGCUUGAGCAGCCUCGAGUGCCUGCGCAACCAGUGCUUCGACCUGGCCCGCAAGCUCAGCGAGACCGAGCCCCAGGACCGGGGCCCCCCGCCCAGCGCCAGCGCCCGGCCGCACGGCCGGCCGGAGGACGACUUCCCGGGCAGGACACCUGACCGGAGCUACUCGGACAUGAUGAACCUCAUGCGGCUGGAGGAGCAGCUCAGCCCCAGGCCCAGAACGUUCUCUAGCUGCGCCAAGGAGGACGGGUGUCAGGAGAGGGACGACGACACCACCUCCAUCAACUCGGACAGGUCCGAGGAGGUGUUUGACAUGACCAAGGGCAACCUGACGCUCCUCGAGAAGGCCAUCGCCCUGGAAACCGAGAGGGCCAAGGCCAUGAGGGACAAGAUGGCCAUGGACGCCGGGAGGAGGGACACUCUGAGGUCGUACGAGGACCAGUCUCCCAGACAGCUUCCCGGGGAGGACAGGAAGCCCAGGUCCAGUGACAGCCAUGUCAAAAAGCCAUACUAUGGUAAAGAUCCCUCAAGAACAGAAAAGAAAGAGAGCAAGUGUCCAACCCCCGGGUGUGAUGGAACCGGCCAUGUAACUGGGCUUUACCCGCAUCACCGCAGUCUGUCUGGAUGCCCGCACAAAGAUAGGGUCCCUCCAGAAAUUCUUGCCAUGCAUGAAAAUGUUCUCAAGUGUCCCACUCCAGGCUGCACAGGGCGAGGGCAUGUGAAUAGCAACAGGAACUCCCACAGAAGCCUCUCUGGAUGCCCUAUUGCUGCAGCAGAGAAACUGGCAAAGGCCCAAGAAAAACACCAGAGCUGCGAUGUGUCCAAGUCCAACCAGGCCUCGGACCGAGUCCUCAGGCCAAUGUGCUUUGUAAAGCAGCUCGAGAUUCCUCAGUAUGGCUACAGAAACAAUGUCCCCACAACCACGCCGCGCUCCAACCUGGCCAAGGAGCUCGAGAAAUAUUCCAAGACUUCGUUUGAGUACAACAGUUACGACAACCAUACUUAUGGCAAGAGAGCCAUAGCUCCCAAGGUGCAAACCAGGGACAUAUCCCCCAAAGGAUAUGACGAUGCGAAGCGGUACUGCAAGACCGCCAGCCCCAGCAGCAGCACCACCAGCAGCUACGCGCCGAGCAGCAGCAGCAACCUGAGCUGCGGCGGCGGCAGCAGCGCCAGCAGCACGUGCAGCAAGAGCAGCUUCGACUACACGCACGACGUGGAGGCCGCGCACAUGGCGGCCGCCGCCAUCCUCAACCUGUCCACGCGCUGCCGCGAGAUGCCACAGAACCUGUCCACCAAGCCACAGGACCUGUGUGCCGCGCGGAACCCUGACAUGGACGUGGAUGAGAAUGGCACCCUGGACCUCAGCAUGAACAAACAGAGGCCGCGGGAUAGCUGCUGCCCUGUCCUGACGCCCCUGGAGCCCAUGUCCCCUCAGCAGCAGGCAGUGAUGAGCAGCCGGUGCUUCCAGCUCAGCGAGGGCGACUGCUGGGACUUGCCAGUGGACUACACCAAGAUGAAGCCCCGACGGGUGGACGAGGAUGAUCCCAAAGAGAUGGCCCCAGAAGACUUGGACCCAUUCCAGGAGGCUCUGGAAGAAAGAAGGUACCCUGGGGAGGUGACCAUCCCGAGCCCCAAGCCCAAGUACCCCCAGUGCAAGGAGAGCAAAAAGGACCUAAUAACAUGUCCAACUCCGGGGUGUGAUGGGAGUGGUCAUGUGACUGGCAAUUACGCCUCACACAGAAGUCUGUCCGGCUGCCCACUGGCUGACAAAAGCAUUCGAAGUAUGCUGGCCACCAGUUCACAAGAACUCAAGUGCCCCACCCCUGGCUGUGACGGUUCUGGACACAUCACCGGCAACUAUGCUUCCCAUAGGAGUCUUUCAGGGUGUCCAAGAGCAAAAAAAAGUGGCAUACGGAUAGCCCAAAGCAAAGAAGAUAAAGAAGACCAGGAGCCCAUCAGGUGUCCUGUCCCAGGCUGUGACGGUCAGGGCCACAUCACUGGGAAGUAUGCGUCCCACCGCAGCGCCUCAGGGUGCCCCUUGGCGGCCAAGAGGCAGAAAGAUGGGUACCUCAACGGCUCCCAGUUCUCCUGGAAGUCGGUCAAGACGGAAGGAAUGUCCUGCCCCACACCGGGGUGUGACGGAUCAGGGCACGUCAGCGGCAGCUUCCUCACACACCGCAGCCUGUCAGGAUGCCCGCGGGCUACAUCAGCCAUGAAGAAGGCCAAGCUGUCUGGAGAUCAAAUGCUGACCAUCAAGCAGCGUGCCAGCAAUGGGAUAGAAAAUGACGAGGAGAUCAAGCAGUUGGACGAAGAGAUCAAGGAGCUGAACGAGUCCAAUUCCCAGAUGGAGGCAGACAUGCUGAAGCUCAGGACUCAGGUAACGAUCACCACGAUGGAAAGCAACCUGAAGACGAUCGAGGAGGAGAACAAGGUCAUCGAGCAGCAGAACGAGUCCCUGCUGCACGAGCUGGCCAACCUGAGCCAGUCCCUGAUCCACAGCCUGGCCAACAUCCAGCUGCCUCACAUGGAUCCAAUCAAUGAACAAAAUUUUGAUGCUUACGUGACUACUUUGACGGAAAUGUAUACAAAUCAAGACCGUUAUCAGAGUCCAGAAAAUAAGGCCCUACUGGAAAAUAUAAAGCAGGCUGUGAGAGGAAUUCAGGUCUGAACAGCUGCUCUAGUGGCGAGACUCAUUCUAAGAAAGGACGCCUCUUGGUUUCGGCUGCUGUGACUUGUUACCAGAAAGCGUUCUAUUUAUUUCUGUCGGAACAGUGUUAUGCUUACGAGACUCCACACGGUUUUGUGUCUUGCUUUAAGAUAGCACCUGCAGAAUAGUUUUUGAACACAUUCACAUUUUGUACGUUUUCCUAAGAGCUGACGUAGUGUGAUCUGCCGUGUAAUGUUUAUAGCUGCUACUGUAUGCACACUGGGGGUAUAUAUAUUUCUGAAGAGGUAAGCUGAUCAAAAUAAAUAGAGUGUAAAUUCUUUUUAAUGCUUUAGUGAUUAAAUGUUUUAGUAUUUUGAACUGAAAUGGACAAAAAAGAAAAAGAAAAAAAACAGCUUUGAAUGACCAUGUUGUGGCCCCACGGCCACUUUUUAGACAUUAUCAUUUUGCCUCGUGUUGGAGGACUUUAUGGAAUUUAAGAAAUACAUUUUGUGUGCAUAUUGUUUCAUAGCGAGAAUUGGUUGCAAAAUGCUUUAUUUUUGAACAAUGCUUGGAAAUAUUAUGUGAUUUUUUUGUUUGUUUGUUUUAGGAGGAUGGUGUAUGGUGGGGGCAAUAAGUGAGGUUUUUUGCAUUCCAAGGAAAUGGCAUAUGGAUUAACUGUAAGAAAUGAAAUAAGUAAUUUAUUGUAAGACAACAUCAAGCCAUGGAAACUUGGCAGAAGAUUCAAAGCAGCUUAAGCAGCACUUUUAAAUUAACUCCUAAACAUUACAUGGUGUGACUCUGGAGACUUCCGUUAAGACAGGACCUUGUCAGAGGUGGACAGCACGAAGAUUUCCUUUUGGUUCUCAGUACCCUCUGGAACAACCUUCUCUUAUCUCUCCUAGAGUCCCGUGCCCCUCUGAACUGUUCCCGCAACAUAGUUUACCUAACAGAAGUUGUGUGCUUUCAAUUUGAGCAAAAAGAUAAUUUAAGAGCAUUUAUUUCCCCUUUUCACUUUUAAAAAAUCAUUAUCGUUGCUAUUCUCAUUUCACGUUUGAGGGACAAAAGCUAACGGCUGUGAGCACUCUGCUUUCUGGACUGAAUUUCCUGCUGGACGGUGGGAAAGCAGCUCUGUAAAGUUUCCCACCCCUCGCCCCACCCGACCCUGACUCUGAAUCGGCCUUGGCCCUAUUCAGAGCGCUCUGAGAACGACGGACGCUCACGCCCUGCCCUCGCGGGUCCAGGUGACCACAGAGCAUUGCAUAGCCUUGUUGGCUAUUGUGCCCUAUGCUGAGAAUGAAUGCAAUCAGAGUUUAACCUGACUAAUAUACUGCAGCACUUUUUGCUUUGAACUAGGUCAUCUUAGACUUCUUACACCUUCAGGAUUGGAUUGUUUGACUCCAAUGACUGCACUAUCUGUAUGCAUAAGACCACUUUUGACGGCUGCGUUCCCCUUCUAAGUAGUCUUUUGACGAUGUGUUGUGUUUCCUGAUGUUGAUUUCUUUUAGUAGCAUCUCUCCUUCCAUGUCUUGAUGUUAUGCAGGAAGUACAAAAGUACUUUAAAAUUUUGUUAUGAAAAAAAAGAUGGGUUUUGUAAAAAUUAAAAAAAAAUAUUUUUAGCAGAACAGGACUUACAGGGUCAUUGUCCCCACAAUGUGCCAGUCGACUAUUUGCACUUACCUUGUCCUAUUAUCCGUACGGAGGUGUGCAAUUCCUGUGUCGGUCGCCUCGCGACAUGAAGCUGGACGGAUGAGAGCAGAGGCCCCACGGCUGACCCACCGCGUAGCCCAGGGAGACUACAGGGAUCUCACGACGAACAUUCUGAUACAAUACUCGACCUCGGUAUAUAUAUGUGUAUAGAUGUGUGUACAUCCCAGCGGCACUUUAUACUGUUCACUGUACAGACGCCUACAGUUCUCCAGGACGGUCAUUCCUAGCUGGGAGAAGACGACGUCACUGCUCGGGGCCCUGGCACGCCCCUUCUGUUGUGCGACUAGUCCUAGCUGCCAUGCUCAGAAAUGCCUUUUGAGAGCAGAAGCAAGGUGCUCACUGUCACCUGAUGCCAUACACGGUCCGGGCCUCGCCUCGGAGGGCCCCUGUUCAUAGCGGCACACGCAUUCCCCCGCGUCUCGUCUGCAGCUUCUCGGCCAAUGUAGUAUGCUUUUAGUAGAGUAAUAGGUAGUAUCGGUUUGGAUUCUCAUUGUCAUCCCCCAUGUACAAUGGAAAGGGACACUAAGCACAAACCUGCUGCUCAUGUAACGUUGGUACAUAAUCAAAUCAGAGUCAUCUGUGACUGUUGUAUAGGGAUCACAGUGCCACCUGUUAGAAUGCUGACCUUCCAUAUGGGCUAUUGUGAGUUACCAGAGCUUAUUUAUUAUAACUUAUUGUUCAUAUUCAUUUGAGUUAAUUUAAGCAAUCAUUUAUCAAGACAGAAUUUUGUAUAAACUAUUUAUUGUGCUCUCUGUGGAACUGAAGUUUGAUUUAUUUUUGUACUACACGGCAUGGGUUUGUUGACACUUUAAUUUUGCUAUAAAUGUGUGGAAUCACAAGUUGCUGUGAUACUUCAUUUUUAAAUUGUGAACUUUGUACAAACUUUGUCAUGCUGGAUGUGAACACAUCUUAUCUAAAUAAAGAGGUGUUGCCACGUUUGUAGCACGAAGGAUCUCUACCCGGGUCUGC